UCAAUUUAACCCUUUUAGGUUAGAACUUCAACUGUUCAAAUAUUUAUAAUAAUUACUUCCUAAAUUUAUAUAUACUAUAUUUUUGUUUUGUGUCCUAAGUUUCAUUCGAUGAUUGACUUUGCUACUGAAAGUUGAAUUUUCCUAGAAGCUGUGUUUUAACUGCUUCUUGCUACGAAUCUUUGUGUUUGUUGAGUGUGAUAACUAGAGGUGAAGUAAGAAGGAAAAUUGGAGAUUCUGUACACUUUAGUUGGAACAAACAUAGCUAGACCCAGAUUAAUGAUUUCAUAAAAAGUGUCACUACAGAGUUGAAUACUCUUAUCCUGAAAAAGACUACCCCACUGUAUACUGGAAAGAAAGCUGUUAAAUCCAACAUAAUUGGCAUUUUUGAAAUCAAGCUACGUCUAAUAAGGAAGAAGCCAGAGGUUCCCACAUGGUCCAGAACCAGACGGUUGGGGGUCUCGGACGAAGCGAGCUGACGGCUGCAUAGCAACAAAGCCAAGCCUACUUUCUAAAUUCAUGGCAAGCAAAAACUCUUUGUCCCUUUUACACGAAUACGGGGGUGACUCUUCAGAAGAUGAAGUCUCGGGCCCCAGAGUAUCGACCAAAAGAACGUUCCGUGAAGACGAGGAAAAUCCCCACAGUGGCCCACAAUUUAAAAGAUUGCCUGUACCCUCGAUAUGCAGCAAUGCAAGUAAAGAACCAGAGUGUAUUGAUGACCCAUCUCUACAUGAUGGGCGAGUAAGGUCUUUUCCGCAUGAGAGAGGAAACUGGGCCACAUUUGUUUAUAUUCCUUUUGAAGCAACGACUGGAGUAACAGACCUAUUGGCCUUCAUACAAGAAAUAGUACCCGAAAACCUGGACCUAAAAAUAUCAGAUAAUUUCCACAUAAGCUUGACAAAAACGGUAGUUCUAAAGUACCACUGGAUAACUCCAUUUGUACAAGGUGUUAAGGAAAAUAUUAAAUUAUUUAGAAAGUUUUUUAUAUUAUUCGAUAGUAUCCAAGUUUAUUGUAACGAAGAACGCACUAGAACAUUCUUGGGAAUUCAGAUCAAAAGUGGUCAUGAUAGUUUAAUAAAAUUAGUACAGUUAUUGGAUAGGUGCCUUUUAGAGUAUGGAUUGCCAGUCUUUUAUAAAGACCCAUCUUUUCAUCUUAGUAUCGCCUGGUGUGUGGGAGAUAAAAAAGAAACCCUACAAACUUAUUUGCCCAAAAUCAACCAGAAAUUUUCGGAAUUAAUGCAGAGCCAUCCUCAAGAAGAGUUUUACAUUUAUGUUAAUUCUCUUUUGUGUAAAAGUGGCAAUAAAUACUUUCAACUGAUGCUUAAUUAGA